CCCACAUUAUCCAAAAACCCAAUUGAAGCCAUCAAGCAGCGGAUUCUGCAAAUCCAAAAAAAAGAAAAGAAAGACCAAUGUCUGAAUUCACAGAAGAUUUUCAAAGCAUUAAACCUUCAUUUCCUUUCUUAGAUAUUGACCCAAACAUGGAACUAGUAAACCAGUUUGCAGAUCAAUUCAAUAUUCCAAGUGUCAUGGAAUAUCCAAGCUUGAAUUUCCACACCUACAUGCCCUUCUCAAACGACAGUUGCUUGUUCAGCAAUCAAGAACCCGAGUUCCCUGCCGGAAACAUGGUCGAAAACUUUCCAAAAUUAGAAGUUCAUCAGAUAGUUGCGGAUGGAAAUGAAAGCAAGAAGAGAAUAGCAGUGGAUGAUGCAUCACAGAGCAGCUCUGGAAUCUCUACUCCCCCAGUUUCCGAAACCGGGAUUACGCGAAAAAAUAGCGCAGGAAGAGGAAAGAGGGUCAAGAGCAAUGAGAAGGAAGAUGAGAAACCAAAGGAAGUUGUUCAUGUUAGAGCCAGGAGAGGGCAAGCUACUGAUAGCCACAGUCUAGCAGAAAGGGUUAGAAGAGGAAAAAUCAAUGAAAGACUGAGAUGUUUGCAAAAUAUUGUCCCAGGGUGCUCCAACAAGACGAUGGGAAUGGCGGUAAUGUUGGACGAGAUAAUUAACUAUGUUCAGUCCUUGCAGAACCAGAUUGAGUUCCUAUCUAUGAGGCUGGCUGCAGCAAGCUCUUUCUAUGACUUCAACUCAAGUACUGAUGUUACGGAGACAAUGCAGAUAGCAGCAGAGUUGGAGAGAUUGAAGAGAGAAGCUGCAGGAUAUGGAGGGUUUGGUGCUAGUUUCCAAUCAACAUCUUCAAGUUGGUCCCCCUGAGACUUGAACUCUGGCUGAUGUUACUGGAUGCCAAACACAUGAAGAUGCUCUCUCUCCCAUGUCCUACUCCUACAGUUCAGAUGUUAUGAUUUUUGUCCCCACUUCAUGUUAUAUAUGUCUGGCACAAGUGGAAAAUCAAAACUUGUAAAACCCUAAUUUGUAUGUUGGGAAAUUUAUUGAGAUUAAUACAAGGCACACGGUCAAAACUUUC